UUGGUGCGGUUGAGAAUUUUAUUAUGAAAUUUUGAAACUAUAUGUUUAUGGAUCGAGUACCAUUAUUUGCUACAGAUAACAGCUUUUUCAUACAUAUAUGUGGAGAAACUUGCAAUUAUACUUCCUCAUUUCCUAUAUACUAUGUUUGUUGGAUAUUGUUGCUGAUGUAAACCUCAAUAUGCUUUUGAGGAUAUGUUUUUAGUGUCUAAACCCUAAACCCAGUUUCUUAAGUUAUUUAGGUAAAGUAAACUGUGGGCAUAUAUCAAGUACAAAGCAUGCUGAGUUUGUCUGAGAUUCUGAAAAGUACAAAGCAUUGGGGAGCAGAAGAUGAUUCGAGAAGCCAAUGGCGACCCCAACAAGGCUAACAAGCCGUUCAUGCGCUCCUCAUCGAGCAACCCCAAUAAAUGUAUAUUUAAUUGUCUAUUAGUUAAUUGUUCUAUUUUAUUGUUAUGGUUAUGUGGUUGCCUUUUAUUUGCAGAUUGAUUUCUUCACAGAGUUCAUCAGUUGCUUCUUCUACGACGUCGUUUGGGAGCUCGAAGAAGAUGGUGUGGGUUUGGACGGAGAGCAAGCAGGUCAUGACGACCGCCGUGGAGAGAGGCUGGAACACCUUCCUGUUUCAGAGUCAGAAACUCGCCGAUGACUGGUCUUGUGAGCUUAUGAAAUUUGAGUACCAAAAGAAGGUCGCCUCGCUGAGCAAGCUAAAGAAAUGUAGUACUAACUCAGAAGCAUUGGAGAAAUCAAGAGCAGCAGUGAGUCAUCUGCAUAUAAGAUACAUAGUUGACAUGCAAUCCAUGGACCCAACAGUAUCAAAGAUAAACUCUUUUACUUUCAGCCUGUUGCAGGGUUUGGGAAUAUCUAGUGAAAUGUUGCCUAAAGAGUCACUAAGUGAUCAAGCAUGGAAUACCAAGCAAUGAAGCAAAAUAUAUUUUAUUUCAUCAUGUAAAUUCAGCUAGCUAUGAAACUUUAUACCAAUGACAUAAUACUUGGAUUCAAUAUUUGGUGGAUAUAUUGGAAUUUUAUUGAUGUAUCACAUUGCUUUUGGUGUAAAUAUUAAUCAUUGUUCAUU